UACCCUUUCCAGCCAAACAAAACAUAAGCUUCUAACUUGCUUUAGCCAAUUGAAAAACCCUAAUAACCGCCAUUGAGGCGCGCGAGGAAAGAAGUAAUGGCGUCGUCUGAGAAGCGAUGCCUAUACGAAGUCCUCGGCGUGAACCGUGACGUCACCGCUGACGAAAUCCGGUCAGCUUACCGCAAGCUCGCCUUACAACGCCACCCAGACAAGCUUGUCCGAUCCGGCGUGCCUGAAUCCGAAGCAACAGCUUCGUUUCAAGAGCUUGUUAACGCUUACGAAGUUCUAUCCGACGCGCGGGAACGCGCGUGGUACGACUCGCAUCGGUCUCAGAUACUAUUCUCCAAUUCCGGUCCUGCGAAUUCGGGUUCUAAUUCGGGUCCUGUACCUGACUUGUUUUCGUUCUUUUCGAAUUCGGUGUAUAAUGGAUAUUCGGAUAAAGGGAAGGGAUUUUAUAAGGUGUAUGGUGAUUUGUUUGACAAGAUAUAUCAAACUGAUUUGAAUUUCGCGAGGAAGUUGGGGACAGAUUUGCCUAAAGAAGCUCCUCUUAUGGGAAAUUUGGACAGUCCUUAUGCUCAGGCGACAGCGUUCUAUAGCUAUUGGUCAGGAUUUGUUACAGUGAUGGACUUUUGUUGGGUAGAUCAGUAUGACGUGAUGGCGGGACCCAAUAGAAAGUCAAGGAGGAUAAUGGAGGAUGAGAACAAGAAGCUGAGGAAAAAGGCAAAAAGGGAAUAUAAUGAGACUGUUAGAGGAUUGGCGGAGUUUGUGAAAAAGAGAGAUAAGAGAGUGAUUGACAUGCAGUUGAAGAAGAAUGAGGAAAUGGAGAAGAAAAAGGAAGAGGAACGCAAGAGAAAGAAGGAGCUAGAGAGACAGAAGGCUGAGAGAGCAAAGAAAUAUGUAGAGCCUGAGUGGACGAAAGUAGAGGAGUUAGAAGAUGAAGAAUUUGAGGAGGAUUCGGAUGAGGACGAGAAAAAGAAGGCAGAUGUGAAUGAAUUGUACUGUGUGGCGUGUUCGAAGAAGUUCAAGAGUGAGAAACAGUGGAAAAAUCACGAGCAGUCCAAGAAGCAUAAGGAGAAGGUGGCAGCUUUGAGAGAAGCUUUUGAUGACGAAGAUGAUGAAUAUGAAGGGUUGGUGGACGAUGGGGCAAGUGAGGAGCAAAACGUAGCUGAUGCUGAUAGAACAACUGAUUUAUCUGCAGAUGAUGGGGUGGAUGAGUUGGCAGAGCAUUUAGAAGGUAGUACACGAAUUCAAGAAGAUGAGCGUGAGGAUGAUGAGGUUCAGAGCAGCGAGGAAGAUGAGACCACUAAUUAUCAGAGUGGCAGUAAUUUAAAGGGAGUGGCUGAUGAACUUGUAUUAGAUGAUGAUGAAGCUAGUGUACUUGAAUCUAUGAUAUCUGGCCGCAAAAGUAGGAAGAAUGCAGGUCCAGGUGGCAGUCAUCAAACUUCAGCAAAGAAUGUUCAGGGUGAAACCGGUAAUGAUGAAAUGGACUUCAUGGAAUAUAAUAACCUUAGAAGUACUAGGAGAAAUAGGGGUGGCCGGAGACAAAGAAACAGGAGACCACAAGAAGAAGAAGAAGAAGAAGAAGCAGCAGGAGGAGGAGGAGAUGUAAAUAGUGGCCGGAGACAAAGAAACAGGAGACCACAAGAAGAAGAAGAAGAAGAAGCAGGAGGAGGAGCAGGAGAUGUAAGAUUUCGUGUUGCUGAAGUUGGUACUGACUCCGAGGUAAAAAGUGCAUGUAAUGAUAGCUCAGCUUGCCAGGAGCCUUCAUCCCAGCCUUCAGCAGAAACUGCUAAUGAUCACAAAGGAGAUGACGUCUCGGGAAAUAGUGAAAAAGUUACAAGUCAUGGUACAGACAAGAAAACUACCGCAAAGAAGGAAAAAAAUAACAAAUCAAAAGAUGCAACCAAAGGAAGGAAACAGAAGGCAAAAUCGAAAUCUUCUAGCAACUUGUGCGAUACAUGUGGGGAGGAAUUCGAUUCAAGGAAUCAGUUACAUAAGCAUCUAGGAUCGACGGGGCAUGCUAAACUAAAAUCUCGCUGAUAUUAUUGAAUCCUCAUUGAUUGCAAUUCAAGAUGAUUGCUGGAUGUUGGGGCGGAUUAUUUGUUCUUUUCUUAUUCUUUAUGAUUUAUAGAUAUGGUCUACGAUUUAGCAUCAUCAUUUAUACCAUAUUCAAUUCAAAUGAGUGAAAAAAAAAAAAUCAAAGAAUGUUAUAUCUUGACAAAGAUGACUACAUGAGGUACUUUGCUGAUUACAGACCAUUUCUACGUUUAUGUAUGCUAAAGGUGGCAAAUGCGGUGUGACCAAA